AACUCUUAAUGUUAUCAUUACAAACCUCGCUGUGUCCCCUGUAAAAACAACACAGGGGCUCUGUCUUUAUUUACACAGUGAUCACAUGUGACCUCUUCACAAACCUUCACAUCCCGGUCCCCCUCCUACCCACCUGGGUGACUUAUGGUGUUCGUACAGGGUGAGGUAGUAGGUUGUGUGGUUUCAGGGUUGUGAUUUUACCCCAUCAGGAGCUAACUAUACAACCUACUGCCUUCCCUGGAGGGCAGCAAUACAUCACAGGAGCACACACCCUUGUUACCUUUCUGCUUAGGAAAAAACAAACAUCUCAUGACUCUCGUUUACUAAGCUCAACAAAGGACUGGAUUUUGAUUUGGAAGGUUUCAUUGAAUCGGUGAGUGAUGCUGAUCACAAUAUGUGUUUGAUAGCAGCAUUAAUAUCACUCGAAAAAUUUUUAAAUGGUACAAAAUAAUGAGGAAAAUGUUGUUGGCUUUAAAACUUUUAUUUAAGCAUCAUUCACGUUUAACUUGUGUUUACUUACUCAUCAAUAAAGACUGGAUAAGAAAUAACUGCAGAACAACCAAUGAUUGGAGUCUUAUCUUUUCAGUGUUCAGAAGUACAGAGGUGCAAGAGUCAAGUCUUAGUUGUUAGAAUAUUUUCUUAAAAGGGUUGCCUUAUUCUGUAAUCCUUUUAAGGAGCUCAUUGUAUGUUGAAAUACUAAUCGUAAAAGCCUCUGUGGCUUAGGAGCAUGUAGACAUGUAUCCAUCUGUCUGUUUCUAGAAGAAUGCUCCGAAGUGUGUGCAUCAUAUGUCUUUGUACUUUAAAACAAAGGCAGUUAUUUGGGAUUUUCAAUGUAAGAUAUUAAUGCCUUGGAUCAAAGGAAAAGAAAAUUCUAGAAAACAACUUGAAGGUAGAAAAUUCAAAGUAAACAACCAGAAAAGAGUCAUACUGUUUUAUUUGGUCUAAACAGUGUCGGACAGAUUUUCAGUACAGAAACUCCACUUCAGAAUGUAGUUAUAGGUUUUGAGUUUUCAAGUUUGAUCCCACAUUUCUCCAAAGCUGAUAACUGCUACUUAAUUGAGCAGAAAGCUGUCUCUAAUUCAGAAAACAUGAGUGUGUGUGUUUCUCUCACAGAUGGAACAGGAAGCUAGGUCCUGAGGUCAUCAGCAAAAGAAAAAUCAUAAAUUAUCAACCUCCCACUGGUCUGUGUGAGAAAACACUGAGCACCUUCGGAAGUAUUUUGGUAUCUAGCUGUACUGUGGAAGUCAACAGGAAAAGAUAAUGGCCAAAAUACCCAAGAAAGUCCCUCACCUUAGGAUAGAGACACAUCGAAAGAUUGUUAUGCAUCCAUACGCUGUAGAUGGCGCCACAUAGUACAUGUUGUGUUGAUUGGUGCUUUACUUGGACAAACUAAAGUGCACAUCGCAGGCAACAAGACAUGGUUAGAAUUUUGCUUUAGGUGAGGUUCAGUUUGAUCUUUUAUCUUCAAAAUGUAGAGAAAUCAAUAAAAGAAAUAUUUCUUUUUCAACUGGUGGUUCAAUCUUUUUUUGAGAGCAGGUGUCAUUUUUUGGACCAAAACACACCAAGUGUACAGUGUUUUAGGACCACAUUCUAAGGUAAAUGCCAUUAUACCUUAAUCAUCUGAGUAAAUCCGUAAUGACGAAAAAGUGUGAGGCGAAGAGAAAGGGUCAGAGAGGGAUUUUUAAAAAUGUGGAUAAAGGAAGAACUGGCUGCAAGUAAAUAUCUGGAAGAAGCCCAUGAAAACUUGUACCUCAGUGUAUGCUCUAUUAGGUAAGGUGGCAUUUACUAUAGGCAGUUAUGUUAAGCAGAGCACGAAAGCCCUCUUACAGUCAUUCUUGAAUGCAUCAACAAGUUCACUGUGCCACCAAAAUGGCAUAUUCCCUUUAUCAUCGCUGGAGACAGUCAAAUUUCUAACAGACUGUGUCAGUAUGAUGGAAGAGACUACAUUUUUCUUUCUUCAUGUCGAUUCUUAUUGAGAUUUACAUACUGCAACCCAGCAGUAAAGUCAAAUAUCAUCUACAGCCAAGUGAACAAACACAUGUCACACAAACAGCUCUUUCAGCAGUCUAUUCACAGGUUUCUCACUGUCAGUGUUCACCUUCCUGGUAUGUCUGGUAUGCCUUCUCUAAGAGGUCAAAACAGGACUUAGAGGAAGCCUGGACAACACUUUGCCUCAACCAGCUGACACCUUAGAUUGCUGUUGGUAGAAUACAGUGGCCUACAUUUCAGUUAUACGCGAGUAUUUAAAAAUUGCCGCUCUUGUUUGGCUCUCCCAUAUAACAAAUCUGACAGACUGAUACAGCAUAUAUAUUUUAAUUACAAACGCAAGCUUAUGUUACGUGAUUAUAUCGUGUGUGUGUGUGUAUAAUACAUAAAAUAUAUAAAACAAAAACACUAACGCGACAUUCAGUACAUGUAGUGGCGGAGGAAGUAUUGAGUAAAGUAGCAAUACUGUCACUUAAGUAAAGGUAUGAAGUAUUAUUGGCAAAAUGAACUCAUAAUUCAGAAAAAUGGCUCCUGUGAGUGCCAUACUAUGAUCUAUUUAUUAGAUUAUUAUCCCAGAUGCAUUCUUUUGCAAGUAGUAUUUUACUGUUGUAGCUGGUGGAGGUGGAGCUAGUUUUAACUGUUGAUAUACUGUUGUGUAGUUUAAUCUAUCGCAGUGAAUCAUAUAUUAUCCGAUCAUCAUAUGUUUUGUAAGUAAAAUCUUAAUCUGUAAUCUUAGCAGUUGAUGUAGUGGGUUAAAAAAUGUCGCGGCGCAAUAUUUCCCUCUGAAAUUAAUCGAAAUAGUAAAAAGUAACAAAUACAAGCGCUUCAAAAUUAUAGGUGCAGUACUUGAGCAAAUGUACUUUGUUGCAUUCCUCCACUGAAAGCAGAAUAUACAUUGUGCACGAUAGUUAUUAUUCAUCAGACAGCCUAUUGUUGAUAUUUCAUUGUGAAAAACGGUCGUUUCAUUGAGCAUUAACGUAGUAAAUAGACAAUGAUAUGUGAUGUCGUUGACGUCGAUUUACCCCGUGAUUUACAGUGGCUCCAUUGAAAAUGGCUUUGGAGACGAUCAGCUGACAUUUACUUAACAGCUGCUUGGAGACAGAGCCAAUCGGUGUUGUGUUUUAUUGACAUCCCUGCCUCUGAGCGGAGGCAGAUAAAGGAGAUGAGAUCACGUUACAAAGACAUCCGCCCGUGAAGUCCCGUCCUGAGCCAAAAAAAAAAAAAACAGCGAGGCGGUCUGCUUCCAGAUCCUCGCACGUCCAUUGGUUAAAACCAUAGGUGUAUCAGGAGGUGUGUGCGCCAUGUCCUCGUCCCUUCUCUACGUUAUUUCCUGCAGAGAGCGAGCCGAGGUUUAACACCGCGGAGGGAGGCGACGCGUCAAGUUUGUAGAAGAGUAGAUCGGUACCUGUGUGUGUGUGUUACCUAAACGGACAGGCGUCCAUCUCUGUAACAGCUCCUGGAAAUGCUCCGGACACUUGUCUCUGAGAGAGAUCGAGGGUCUUGAAAAGGUCACAGCAGCUGAUCCUGAUUCAGCAGAUGGCACUGACGAAUGGGAGACAGACCUAUUCUCUACUCUUAGCUGACACUCUGCUUACUAGACAAGUCUUGGAUCUUAAAUGACAGGUGAAAACAAACUAAGAGGAGCACCUGUAGUCUGGUGAGUGAGGGGUUUUUCCUCCCAGGUUUGGCUUGAUCUCCACCAUGGCAGGGGAUCUCUACAGCCCCCCAUCCCCACUGGGAGAUUCCCUUCUGGACAGUCCCCUGUGUGGAGACCUGAUAGAGGACCUCUGUGACAUCUCCCAGUCCAUAGGAGACAACACGCUGGGAUUUGAUUUCCCAGAGUACCAGAGCCCCUGUUCAGGGUCAGAGAGCUCCAUUGCACUGGACACCUUGACUCCAGCCUCCAGUCCAUCGUCGGGAGUGUGUGGAGCUGCACCAGGCCCCAAGGAGAGCCUCAACCUGGAGUGCCGGGUGUGCCUAGACAAGGCUUCAGGCUUCCACUACGGGGUGCAUGCAUGUGAGGGCUGCAAGGGUUUCUUCAGAAGGACCAUCAGGUUGAAGCUGGAGUACGAUAAGUGUGAACGCAACUGCAAAAUCCAAAAGAAGAAUCGCAACAAGUGCCAGUACUGCCGAUUCCACAAGUGCCUCUCUGUGGGAAUGUCCCACAAUGCCAUCCGGUUUGGUCGGAUGCCCCAGGCAGAGAAGCUGAAGCUCAAGGCGGAAAGCAAGAUGGUGGAGAAAGAAGUGGAAAGCCCCAUGCUGGCCGACCAGGUGAUUUUGGUCAGGCAGAUCCACGAAGCUUACAUGAAGAACUUCAACAUGAACAAGGCGAGAGCACGGCUCAUACUCACCGGAAAGACCAGCAAACCGCAGCCUUUCAUCAUUCACGACAUGGAGUCGUUCCAGCUGGCAGAGAAGACGUUAGCAGCCCAUAUGGUAAACAGUGACUAUCCUGAGCCCAAGGGCGACCUUCAGUCUGGGGAUGUGGUUCCAGGUGUGGGGUGUGGGGAGCUCCAGCAAAGGGAGGCCGAAGCUAGGCUCUUCCAUUGCUGCCAGAGCACCUCGGUGGAGACGGUGACGGAGCUGACGGAGUUCGCCAAGGCGGUGCCGGGCUUCCAGAGCCUGGAUCUGAAUGAUCAGGUGACUCUAUUAAAGUACGGGGUUUACGAAGCCCUCUUCACCCUCCUGGCUUCCUGCAUGAAUAAAGAUGGCCUCUUGGUGGCCCGUGGUGGAGGCUUCAUCACACGUGAAUUCCUCAAAAGCCUCCGGCGUCCAUUUAGCGACAUGAUGGAGCCCAAGUUCCAGUUUGCCACACGCUUCAACUCUUUGGAGCUGGAUGACAGUGACCUGGCCCUUUUUGUGGCUACCAUUAUAUGCUGUGGAGACCGUCCUGGCCUGGUGGAUGUAGCUCUAGUUGAGCAGCUGCAGGAAGGCAUUGUUCAGGCACUACAGCUCCACCUGCUGGCCAACCACCCUGACGACACCUUCCUCUUUCCCAGACUUCUGCAGAAACUGGCCGACCUUCGGGAACUGGUCACCGAGCAUGCUCAGUUGGUGCAGGAAAUCAAGACAACAGAGGACACGUCACUGCACCCUCUCCUGCAAGAGAUAUAUAGGGACAUGUACUGAGAGGUUAGCAAAUGGUCAUGAACAGGGACAUGUAUUAAAAUGUUUAUGUAAGCCAGGUAUACCCAAAACUUGGUGUACAUACAGUAUACAACAGUAAUUGAUACUAUCAUGCCUAUCAGUGUACUGUAAGUAACUUAUUGUGCUGCUUCUAUAGAUUCACACUGCUGUGACCAUGAAAUGAGACAAAUGAAACAUCAUAGAAGGGUAGAGAUACAUUUUUUAAGUGCAUCGAUUUAAACUAAAACCACCCAUUUGCCACGGAUUGGGUCCCGGAGACCAGCUUUUGCCCUCCGGACAGAAGUAAUGAACAAAAGCUCAAUAGGGAGUUCGCUAUGCAAAUAUGCAUGGGAGAACAAAUAUUAAAGAUACCCGGACAUGACUGCCACAGUCAUGCAUGCGCUGAAGCUAAAUACUAGUUGUGCCUGUGAACAAUAAGGUGAAUAUUUUGUAACAUUUUAAAUCUUUGAUACAACUAUGGUGUUGGUGGUGCUAAAGGGGAUAAAAUUCGUAUUCCUAAUAUCUUGGAUCAUUUCGUUGAUAUGUUUAAAGGUCAUUUUAAUGUGGUUAAUAUAAACGUCAUGUCCUUUUAAUGUGUACUAGUGCCUUAUUGAUAUCAGCCAAAUUUCCCUUGAGAGAUUAGUGGUUGAAGAAAACACCAACAGAAAAUUUCACCGAGUGCUAUUUUUUUCACCAGCAUAUUUCCUCCCUUAUACAUCCACCACAUAACAAAUACAGAAUGGACUCCUUUUUCUAGAACCAUGGAUCAAUAUAAGUAUAAGUAUUUAAUGUUGCACCAGGGAAUGUUCUCACAUAGUAUUAAAUCAACCAUCAUUUGAAAAUGUUUAAUUUUAUAAGUUAUGUAUUUAUUUGAUCCCUUCCUACUGCUAAGCCAAUACAACAUGAUAUUUCACUUUAAACCUGUUUUUCAGAUCAGUAUUACCAUGUAUAAAAUCGCUUGCACAAAUUCUGCAAUUAGGACACUUUUUUUUUUUUCAAGAAAAAAAUCUGUGUUGGCCAGUAUUGAGUAUUUUGACCACAAACACUAUCUAUCUGUUUUAUUUUGUAAAUAUGACAAGAAUGUGAUCACAGGGAAAGCGAUGUAUGUCUGCACACAGUAACACAGAUUAGAUGUCACCUCCCAGUGUAGUACUAAAACAUUGUUUCUUGUCAUAAUUAAACUGUUUAUAUUUUUUUAUCAUGCACAGUCCAGUGUACAAUAAGAAGAUGUAUUUGCUGUUAUAAUAAAAGGAAUUAUGAUGUGGGGUUGCCCCGAAUAAACUACUAUAUUUUCA